AUGGCGGCGACGACGGCGCCGCAUCAACAGACCGUAGCUGUCGUAGGCCUUGGUGCCAUGGGCAUAGUUGCGGUUAAAAAUCUCCUCGAGGAGGGUUUCGAUGUUACUGGUUUUGAGCGUCAAAAUUACAUCGGCGGUGUUUGGCACUUUACCGAGGACAAAGACACCUUGAGUGCGUUGGAAGACACAGAAAUCAACGUCACUACCGAUCGAGGAUGCUUCACGGAUUUUCCGUUUCCUGAGGGCACCCCCUCAUUCACUUCCGCAAAGGUCAUGCAGGAUUAUCUGGAAGACUACGUAGACCACUAUGGUCUUCGCGCUCGCUUUCGGCUUAAUGCGAGGAUCAAACAGGCAGCAAGAGAAAAGGACUCAAAUAAGUGGAGGAUAGAUUUCGAAACAGGCCCUUCAAAAUACUUCGACAGACUCGUCAUCUCGACGGGCCCUCAUGCCAAGCCGCUGAUGCCGGAGUUGGAGGGGUCGGAACUAUUCCAAGGUGAAAUAGUCCAUGCGCAAGCUUUCAAAAGAGCGGAAGACUUUAGGGGGAAACGAGUUUUGCUUGUAGGCUUGGGAAACACGGUUGGAGAUAUCGCAGAAUCACUCUCGGGGAUUGCCUCUGAUAUCUAUCUCUCCCAUGAACGUGGGGCUUUGAUUCUACCUCGUUUUGUUGAUGGGAAACCCAAUUCCCGCCUACUCUCGCUAAGGAAAUUAAAAGCGCAAGCUUUCGUGGAAUGGUUAUUUCCAAACUGGAUGGACAAGAUGGUAACCAGCGGAGCAGCAGAUGUCAUGAAAAAGAGUUUUGGGGAGCUAGAUCCAUCGUGGAACUUGGAGCCAAUCCCUUCUCCCAAGGUCACCGUUCCAGUGGUGUCAGAUACUUUGAUCGACAACCUGCGUUCCGGCGCCGUAAAGUCAGUCUCGGGAUUUAGUGCUUUCACAGGCCCCACGGAGGUUGAACUCAAAGAUGGAGAAAAGAUCCAAGCGGACACAAUCAUCUGCUGUACUGGAUACCAGAACGAUUUGAGCAUCCUGGAGACCGAGUACGACCCAUGCACGGUGAAGAUUCCGAGUUGGCUCGAGGCGCCAGGCUCCCGGGGUCGCCCAUUGCCUCAGCUAUAUCAAAAUGUUUUCUCGCUCAAGACCCCCGACACACUUGCGUUCAUGGGCUGCGUCUGGUAUCCCACUGGGGCCUUCCUCUUGGCUGACCUUGCGAGUAUGAGCAUCGCCCAGGUAUGGGCGGGCAAAUCGAAACUCCCACCACCGGCUGAGAGGCAAAAGUGGGUGGACAAUCAGAACAAGAGGGUGUCCAAGUUAGCACUACGAGGAAGCCCCGUUCCAGCAUCAGUGCCCCAAAUGGAGUGGACGAGGUGGGCAGACAAGACUGCUGGGACAGGAGUACUGGAUCGGCUUGGAUGGGGAUGGAAGGGAUGGGUCUUCUGGUGGACGGAGAGGAAGUUUUGGAGGGUACUUAUGGACGGUCUGCUGACCAGCGCUUGCUGGAGGAUCUUUGAUGAAGGAAAGAGAAAGCCCUGGGUGGGUGCGCGGGCAGAGGUCCUGAGGCUGAACAAUGAAGCUGCAGAGCGAGAUACACUCUAG